ACGAGGAAGGCUUCUCCAAAGGCAGCACCGUGUACACACGGAAGGAGAGGGGGGAAAACCGGACCAACACGCACCCGUUUCAGCAGCGAGAGUAAAAACCCCACAAGCACCAGCACGAUGAAGUCGUACCAGAAGCUGACGCAGCCAUCAGCAUGCCGGCUGGAGGAGGAAGGGGGUACCCCAGCACCCACCGGCCAUGGGAAGCUGGCCCCAUGCUGGGUGGGCAGCGGGCUGCUGGUGGCUGCCGUGUUGCUGAGCGCCAUCACUGUCUGGGUGCUGCAGCAGGUAUCAGUGGGCUGGCCCCGACCCACAGUGCCCCCCAAGUGUCUCCUCGUACCCGAAAGCCACCGCUUUGACUGCUACCCGGAGCGGCGCGUGGUGGUGACACAGCAGCUCUGUGAAAGCCGAGGGUGCUGCUUCAUCGAGAGCCCACCGCCGGCAGGGGGCAAGCGAGGGGUGCCCUGGUGCUUCUACCCCCCUGACUUCCCCAGCUACAGCCUGGAGAGCCUCAAUCAGACAGCACUGGGCAUGGUGGGGUUGCUGGUGCGGCGGGAGAAGGCCUAUUACCCCCGGGACAUCGAGAUGCUGAGGCUGGAUGUGGAGUUUGAGACGGACACGCGGCUGCACAUCAAGAUAACAGAUGCGGCCAACCCACGGUACGAGGUUCCUCUCGAGGUUCCUCGGGCAAUGAAGAAAGCAGAAAAUCCCAUCUACAGUCUGAACUUCUCCUGGGAUCCCUUUGGUGUGGUGCUGUGGCGCAGAGCAACAGGGACGGUGCUGCUCAACACCACUGUGGCCCCAUUGAUCUUCGCUGACCAGUUUCUCCAGAUAUCCACAUUGCUUCCGUCGAAGUUCCUCUACGGGCUGGGGGAGCACCUCGGCCCCCUCCUGCACAGCAUGGACUGGAGCACCCUCACGCUGUGGGCCCGCGAUGUGUCUCCCACGGGAUCGUUCAACCUGUACGGUGCUCACCCCUUCUACCUGCUGAUGGAGGAAGGUGGAGAUGCUCACGGGGUUUUCCUCCUCAACAGCAACGCAAUGGAGGUGGCUCUGCAACCCGCUCCAGGCCUGACCUGGAGGACCAUCGGGGGGGUGCUGGAUUUUUACAUCUUCCUGGGGCCCGAUCCCAACAUGGUCAUCCAGCAGUACCAGCAGGUGAUAGGUUUCCCAGCCAUGCCGCCCUUUUGGGCUCUCGGCUUCCACCUCUGCCGCUGGGGUUAUGGAUCCAGCAAUGAGACCUGGCAGACCGUGAGAGCCAUGAGGAACUACCAGAUCCCUCAGGAUGCACAGUGGAAUGACAUCGAUUAUAUGGACGGGUACAGGGACUUCACCUUCGAUUCCCAGAAAUUUGCCUCUCUCCCGUCGCUGGUGGAAGACCUGCACAAGCACGGGCAGCACUACGUUAUGAUCCUGGAUCCUGGCAUCAGCAGCACCAACCCCAAUGGCUCCUACUGGCCGUUCGAUGAAGGCUUGCGACGGGGCUUGUUCCUCAACACCACCCAAGGGCAGACGCUCAUCGGGCAGGUCUGGCCUGGCUUCACUGCCUUCGCAGACUUCUCCAACCCGGACACACACCAGUGGUGGCUGGAGAACCUGCAGCGCUUCCAUGCCCAUGUACCCUUCGAUGGCCUCUGGAUCGACAUGAAUGAGCCGUCCAACUUCAUGGAUGGGUCUGAAGAAGGCUGCCCAUCGGGAGAGCUCGACAGCCCACCCUACACACCAGCCGUGCUGGGGGAUUCCCUCUCUGCAAAGACAGUGUGUGCCUCCGCAAAGCAGAAAGCCUCGGUGCACUACAACCUCCAUAACCUCUAUGGACUGAUGGAAGCCAAAGCCACAGCGAGUGCCUUGGUCCAGAUCCGGAGGAAGCGCCCCUUCGUCAUCUCCCGCUCCACCUUCCCCAGCCAGGGCCGGUACUCAGGGCACUGGCUGGGUGACAACCGGAGCCAGUGGAAGGACAUGUAUUACUCCAUCCCAGGGCUGCUGAGCUUCAGCCUCUUUGGCAUCCCACUGGUCGGGGCCGACAUCUGCGGCUUCUCCGGCAGCACCUCGGAGGAGCUGUGCACUCGCUGGAUGCAGCUCGGUGCCUUCUACCCCUUCGCUCGCAACCACAACACCCAGAACGAGAAGGCCCAGGACCCAACGGUGUUCAGCCCUGCAGCAAGGACGGCCAUGAAGGACGUGCUGCUGACCCGCUACUCCCUCCUGCCCUUCCUCUACACCCUUUUCCACCGUGCCCACCUGCAAGGGGACACAGUCGCCCGGCCCUUGUUCUUUGAGUUCCCCCAGGAUGUGACCACCUUGGGGCUGGACAAGCAGUUCCUGUGGGGCCGGAGCCUGCUGGUGACACCGGUGCUGGAUCCUGGGGUGGACUCAGUCACAGGUUAUGUCCCUCGAGGCACGUGGUAUGACUUCUACACGGGCUCUUCAAUGAACAGCAGUGGGGAGAUGGUGAAGAUGUCAGCCCCCCUGGAUCACCUCAACCUGCACAUCCGGGAGGGUGCCAUCCUGCCCACCCAGAAACCAGCGACCACCAGCGAGGCAACCCGAAGGAACCCCUUGAACCUCAUCGUGGCCUUGUCUUCGAGUGGCACUGCUUGGGGGGAUCUCUUCUGGGAUGAUGGAGAGAGCCUGGACACCUUUGAGCAGGGCAGCUACUCCUAUGUGGUGUUCAAUGUCACGCAGAACAUCUUCACCUCCACUGUCCUCCAUGCCAGCGCUGAGGCCACUGAAGUCACCAUUGGCACACUGAGCAUCUUUGGGGUGCGAGAACCACCUAGCAAGGUCCUCCUGAAUGGCCAAGAGAAGCCCUUCUCCUACCUGGACAACCAGGUUCUCACUGUGAGUAGCCUCGGUCUUAGCCUCAACCAGGGUUUCUCCCUGCAGUGGCUGUGAGCAGGGGGCUGGGGCUCACCCCCACCCAGCCAUCGAUGUCUGGAAGAUGCUCGGUGCUCCAGACCUUGAAGCUGGGAUGCUGCUAUGAAGGAGGCGGUGGGGACUGUCACCAUGGGCUCCCCCCAGCAAGGCUGGGGAUGGGGAGCCUUGGAGGGGAGGCUCAUGGGUGGUGUGGGAGCCUGCAGUCCCUGCUGCAAUAAAGACACGUGGAGAACUCGU